AUGUACAGCAAAGCUAUUUCCAGAUCAAUCGUCUCAGCUCGAUCAGCUAUCAAGCCUGCUCAACUCACUCAAGUCAGAUUCUACGCUGAUAAGCCAAAUGAAACUUCUUCCACUGUCAAAGAAGCUGCCAAAGCUUUCAAAUCUGACGGUUCAAUCGGAUCCAAAUUCAACUCUGAUGGUUCAGUAGGAGGUAAAGCCCAAGAAGUCGGCGGUCCAUUCGCUGCUGAUGGAGCUGUUGGUAAACAAUUCACCGACAAAGGUGCUAUCGGUGGAUUAGGUCAAAAAGUAGCUGAGAACGUCGAAGACGCAGCUAAAGAAGAGGAGAAGAAAGUGUAA